AUGAUUAAAUUACUCAAAACCAUAGAUCAAUUUGGAGUGGCAUUCUAACCUAGUAUCAAAUACACAACUUCUCAAUAUAAAACUUGUUGGGGAGGAGUCAUGUCUAUUUUAUUAUAUGGGUUGAGUUUUGCAUAUUUACUCUAUAUAAUAAUUCAAUGGAGAACAGGAUAAAUCCUACCUAAAAUAACUACAUCAUCAAAAGUUGAGAACAAUUAGUAUUUUUAACUCAAUGAAAAAUUCGUUGAUGUUUAAUUAAGGAAAUUUGGUUAUUCUAUGAUUGAUCCAUUUAAUCCAGAUGCACUUGUUCUUCAACCUCUCUUAUAUGUUUUCAAGAAUGGAAUUCCCUUAGAUAAACCUCUUGUUCCAUUCUAUCAAAUUACUACCAAAGAAGAUACUUUUCAUAUCAUCAGUUUCUCUAAUCUAUCCUUAUCAAUUAGUGAGACAAGAGAUGAAACAAAUCCUGAAUAUGAAGUUAUGCUUACUUUCGGAGCUUGUCUUUAAAGCUUUUUAUAAGAAGGGUAGGCUUGUGCUAAUGAAACUGUUAUCAAAUAAUUUACAAAUUAACCCACCAAUGCUCUUGUUGUUAAAUAUUAUGCCAAAGAAUAUAAUACAUAAACUGAAAAUCUCGAAAUAAUUGGAAGAGAAUAAAUCAUUCCCUUCUAAAUUAGUAAAGUAUACUAGACAUAAACUUAUAUUUAAAUUACUUAAACAUAAGUAGAUGUAGGCUUUUUAUUUGAAUCCACUAAUGAUUAUAUGUACAUUAAUGAAUAUCGUGUAGUUAGUGCCACUCUAGAUUUAGAAUAUUAUAAUGGAUUAUUUGGAUAUAAUGUUUAUAUGGCAUUUUUAUAUAAAAUAGAUAAUAUUUAAAUUGAAAUAUCAGUUGUCUAUACUAAAAUAAGUGAAAUAUUAGCAGAAGCAGGUUCUAUUGCAUCUACAUUAUUGUUAUUAUCAUAUUUAGUAAUUAUUUUGAAUCAAAGUUAAUUAGAAUUUGAAGCAAUUAAUCAUGUAAUAUAAAUGUAUUAUCCUGAAUUUAAAAAUGUUAAAAUCACAAAGAAUAUAUUUGGAUAUAUUAAAAAAGUUGAAAAAAAUGGAAGGUAAUUGGAUUUAUAAACCUUUAAACAUUAAUAUUAAAAAUUAUCCCAAAUUAGUGAAAUCAAAUUAACUAUCUCUAAUUAAAUCUAUGAAAUUUCUAGAUUAUAAUUUUUGAUAUAGAAUAUAUUACCUUCCAAAAUAAUACAAUAAAUUCACCAUUAUGGAAUUCCAUUAUAAUUAUAGUAUGCUGAUAGUGCUAAAGAAGAAUAAUAGAAUAUUAAUAAAUUAGAUUGUAGUAUCAAUCAAGAUUAUUAAUAUAAAUUAAAUUCAAUUGUAUAUUAUUAUUUUUACUUAGCUUCCAAAUAAUACUAAUCCUCCAAUUGUUAAAAGUAAUGAUGAUUAAACUAUUUCUUAAACUGAAUCCAAAUUAAUACAAAAUCAAUUAAAAAUAUAAGAUAAUAAUCAUAUAAUACCAAUAUAAUAAUUUAAGGAAUAAGACUUUGAGUUAUUGAUUUAUCCAGAAAGUGAAAUUGAAGGUAAUACAUAAGCUAAUUAAAAUGAUACUAAAAUAUAACCAGAUUCAUGA